AUUCUAAUUCGAUUCUUUCUGAAAACAAAGAUUCUAAUUCGAUUCUUUCUGAAAACAAAGAUUCUAAUUCGACUCUUUCUGAAAACAAAGAUUCUAAUUCGACUCUUUCUGAAAACAAAGAUUCUAAUUCGAUUCUUUCUGAAAGCAAAGAUUGCAAAGAUUCUAAUUCGAUUCGUUCUGAAAGCGAAGAUUCUAAUUUGAUUCUUUCUGAAAACAAAGAUUCUAAUGCGAUUUCUUCUGAAAAUGAAAAAUUCGUAGAUAUUACUAUAAUUAAUAAGUCGGAAGAGUUAAAAGACGAAAAUGAAACAAAAUCAUCACAUUUAAUUUCAUUGAUCAAAAGUGUUCUGAAUGAUGAUCACGUCAAAAAUAUUGAAGAUAGUGUUGUUCCAGAAUCGAUUCGUACAGAAGAAUAA